CGUAAGAGCAUUCUGUUCUGAAACUAGAGGCCCCAUUUCAAGGAGUUUGCUUUUGCCAGUUUGCUCAACCGUCGGUCUUUUUAACUCUUUGGUUAUGAAUGAGAUCGCCAAAUGAAGCCGCCUCCAUAGCAGCUCUGCUCAUCCAGAAAUGCAGCUCCACAACCUCCAUCAGGAGAGCGCGUCAACUCCACGCCCUCCUUCUAACCUCUGCCACUGCCCAUCUCAGAUGUUCAUACGCAUUCAACAGUAUCGUGUCGAUGUACGCCCGGUGUGGGUCGUUGACCGACUCCCAACUUGUAUUCGACAAUAUUCCUCACCGAAAUAUUGUCUCUUACAAUGCCCUUGUUUCUUCCUAUUCUCGCACCACCAGACAUGCUUCUCUGGCCUUUCGGUUACUUGACCAAUUGCUCAAUGAGAACCUCAGACCAAAUGGGUCGACUUUUACGAGCCUCUUGCAGGCCUCCUCUACCCUAAAGAAUGUGAUGCUGGGUUCUUUUCUUCAUGCCCAGUGUAUUAAAUUUGGAUUUAUGGACAAUGUACGGGUUCAAACCUCUCUACUAGGGUUGUAUUCAAGCUGUGGCGUCUUGGAAUUGACGCAGAAAGUUUUCCAUUUUAUGGUUGACAAAGAUGCCAUGGCUUGGAAUACUGUUAUUUUCGGGUAUUUGGAAAAUGGUAAGAUGGUGGAAGGACUUGAGAUUUUCAGCACCAUGAUACGGGAUGGUGCACGGCCUGACCAAUUUACUCAUUCAAUGGUUCUGAAUGCUUGUGGUAGACUGGGAGACUAUGAUACGGGGAAACGUGCUCAUGCGCAUUCUCUCAUCCUUGGGACCUGCUUGGAUUUGCCUUUGCAUAAUGCGCUGCUCGACAUGUACUGCAGCUGUGGCGACACUGAAACAGCAAUUAGGGUCUUUAGGAGAAUCAGUAAUCCAGACUUGGUUUCAUGGAAUACGAUCAUAGCUGGGUAUUCUGAGAAUGGAGAUGGAGCUAAGGCAAUGGAUAUGUUUGUCCAGCUGGUGCACGGAUCCACAAGAAAACCAGAUGAAUAUACUUAUGCAGCAGUUAUAUCUGCCACAGGAGCUUUUCCUGCAUGUAACUAUGGUAAACCGCUCCAUGCCCAAGUCCAGAAAGCAGGACUGGAAAGAAGUGCGUAUGUUGGGAGCACAUUGAUAUCUAUGUACUUCAGCAAUGCUGAAUCCGAAUCUGCUCAAAAAAUUUUCUCUUCAGUUCUAGAAAAGGAUGUCGUGCUUUGGACUGACAUGGUGGCUGGUUAUUCUAGAAUAGGCGAUGGUGAGACUGCUGUGAAGUUUUUCCACGGGAUGUCACAGGAAGGACACGAGAUUGAUAGUUAUGCUCUGAGCAGUGGAGUAAGUGCAUGUGCUGACCUUGCAACUCUGAGGCAAGGGCAAAUGGUUCAUAACCUUAUUGUGAAAAAGGGCUAUGAUACUGAAAUGACCGUUUGCGGAAGUCUGAUAGAUAUGUAUGCUAAAGUUGGCGACGUUCAAGCAGCUGAGGCGAUAUUUUCAGAAGUGAUAAUGCCCGAUCUGAAGUGCUGGAACUCGUUACUUGGGGGGUUCAGUCAUCAUGGGAAGGCAGAAGAUGCAUUCCAAGUGUUUGAUUGCAUUCUAAAACAAGGCAUAAAACCGGACAAUGUGACAUUCAUAUCAGUCCUUUCUGCUUGUAGCCACUGUGGUUUAGUCGAGAGGGGCAAAUUUUACUGGAAUUAUAUGAAGGUCAAGGGCAUAAAACCAGGGCCGAAGCACUACUCCUGCAUGAUAACUUUGUUUAGUAGAGCAGGAUUACUUGAGGAAGCUGAAAAACUGAUUAUUGAAUCACCUUUUGCUAAUGAUUAUAUGGUGUUGUGGAGAACUCUUCUUGAUUCCUGUGUCAUGAAUAAAAAUCUCAAAAUAGGAACGCAUGCUGCUGAGCGUGUUUUGAGUAUGGAUGCAGAAGACGCAGCAACAAACGUAUUGCUUGCAAAAUUAUAUGCUGCAGAUGGAAGAUGGGGUGGUGUGGCAGAAAUGAGGAGAAAGAUCAAAAUACAAAUGUUAGAAAAAGACCCCGGCCUUAGUUGGACAGAAAAUUUGAAUGAUAUCCAUGUCUUCUCAUCUGGUGAUCAGUCACACCCCCUAAAUGAUGAAAUGCGGGUUGAAAUACAGAGAUUGCUUAAACACUCAAUGUACACGGAAAAAAGUGAAAUUUGAAAUAAUUGAGCC